AUGCUUCUGUGGCUUCUGCUGCUGAUUUUGACUCCAGGAAGAGAGCAGUCAGGAAUAGUUCCAAAAGCUUUUAUUUUCCUGAAUCCUCCAUGGUCUCCAGUCUUCAACAAAGAAAAGAUGAUACUCACCUGCAAGGAUGUACAUUCUCCAGGCCAAGGAGAUGUAUUAUGGUACAAGGAAGAGACGUUCUGGAAAAGAGGCUCUGAAGAGAUUCAAGUUAAAAAGUCUGGAUCUUACAAAUGCAAGACACGGGCAUCUUCUCUCAGUGACCCUGUGCAUGUGGAAUUUCUAUCUGAUAAGCUGAUCUUGCAGGCUUCACAUCCUAUAUUUGAAGGAGAAGAUGUACACCUAAGAUGCCUAAUGAACGAGGGACUGUUUCAUCAAAGAAUUACUGAUAAAUGGACUUACUACAAAAAUGGAGAAAGACUUGGUGAAUCCAACUCAGAUUUCAUACUAAAUUCAGUAUCUGGUGACAAUAGCCAGUAUCAUUGUACCACUUAUAUAAGUGGAUUUCUAGGAAUUUCUGAAUGGGAAGAAGCUUCAAAACCUCUAAUGAUUCAAGUUCAAGAGUUGUUUCCACAACCUGUGCUGACAAUCAGUCCUUUACAGCCAAUAGAAGGGAGUUCAGUGACUCUGAAGUGUGAAACCUGGCUCCCUCCACGAAAGUACAUCACUUCACUUCAAUUCUGUUUCUUUCAAGAAAACCAGACCCUUGGGUCAGGCUGGAGCAGCUCCUCAGAGUUCUACAUCCCUGUCUUGUGGAGUGAAGACUCUGGAUCUUAUUGGUGUCAGGCUCAGACAACUAAUAACAGAGUCAUGAAAAGCAGCUUGAGAUACCAGAUACAUGUUCAGAGAGUUCCUAUAUCUGCUGUGAAACUGGAGAUACAACCUCCUGAGGGACAGCGAAUUGAAGGAGAAAAUCUGUUCCUUACCUGCUCAGUGGCCCAAGGUACAGGAGCUAUCACAUUCUCCUGGCACAGAGAGGGCACAAAUUUGGGAAGAAAGACACAACGUUCCCUGUCAGCAGAACUGCAGAUCCCCUCUGUAAAAGAGAGCGAUGCUGGGAGAUACUACUGCACAGCAGACAACUCUGAUGGCCCCAUCCUCAGUCAGUGGGUUAGAGUCACGUUGAAAAUUCCAGUGUCUUGCCCUGUCCUCACUUUGGGGGCUUCCAUUGCCCAGUAUAUGGUGGGAGACUUGGUGGAGCUUCACUGUGAUGCCCAGAGAGGUUCUCCCCCAAUUCAGUACCAGUUCUAUCAUGAGAAUGUCACCCUGUGGAGCAGUACAGCCCUCUCUGGAGGUGGAGUGUCCUUCAAACUUUCUCUGACUGAAGAACAUUCUGGAAACUACUACUGUGAGGCUGAUAAUGGCCUGGGGUCUCAAAGUAGUGACAGAAUUAGUCUCAACAUCAUAGUUCCAGUGUCUCGCCCUAUCCUCACUCUCCGGGCCCCUCAAACCCAGGCUAUGGUGGGAGAUGUUGUGGAGCUUCACUGUGAGGCCCAGAGAGGCUCUCCUCCAAUCUUAUACCAGUUUUACCAUGGGGGUGUCCACCUGGGAAACAGCUCAGCCCUCGCUGGUGGAGGAGCAUCGUUCAACUUUACCCUGACCUUUGAACAUUCGGCAAACUUCUCUUGUGAAGCGGACAAUGAACUGGGAACGCAGAGCAGCGUAGUGCUGACACUGAACAUCACAGGGACUCCUGGAAACAAAACAGCCCAUAUUAGCAGAAAAGUCACCGGAGGAUUGCUAAGUGCACUGGGCCUGGCUGCUCUGGCUAUUCUGGUGGGUAGUUUCAGAAUCAAAAGAAGAUCAGGUAAUUCUGAAGAUACAGACGUAGUUUAUUCGCUGAUUUGGAACAUACAACAGGCAGAAGAAAAUUCAGAAAUAAGUCAGAAGGGGGAUAUGGUGCCUCCAGGAGGAAAACCUGUACCUGUGGGGCCCAGAGAAUUUUAUCUGGGAAGAAUGCUGAUUGGAGUAGGAGCUAAUGGAUUAUUGGCCUAUUUGCAAAUCAAAAGUUCAUCGAGAAUGCAUCAAAAAGAUAAUAAGGAACCUGUGUUCAUCUAUUCAGAGAUCAAGAAAGUACACACAGAUGACUCUGAUGGGCAGAGAAGCAGUGGAAACAUGACCCAGAAAAGUGCUGCAGGCGACUAUGAGAAUGUUCUACAAGUGCAGAACCAUCCUUGA